AUGCUUGAAACGGAUGGUCACAGUGCGGGUGCGUCGGAUGAAUUCACACCACAUUCCAUUCAUUCCUCAUCAAACAGUCUUCGAUCGACCACACCAGAUCCGCAAACCCAAAGACCACCAUCCAGUCUUCUCGUGCACACGCCGACCAAACCGAAACCGCUCAGUCUGUUCGAUCGGGACCGCGUACAGUCCGAGCUGGAUGCUCUGCGUGCCCAACAUCCGUUGGACGGGGGUAACGAAUCAAACACACUGUGGAAUCAGGAUUUGAAUCGCCUCUCUAUGGACACGCUCCGAUUGUACGUGGAACAAUUGACGGCUGAUGUGAUGAAUCUGUCCGAUCAGCUGGUCGAAUUGCUCGCCACACGAGACGAAUUGGUCAUGCUACGAGAGGCUAGUGACGAUUUUGUCAUCCUACUCAACCUGGUUCAUCAACGUCGUGCUCGAGCCUCGCGUGCGGCGUUGCUUAUGACUGCCAGGACUCGGAUGAGGCCGAGGGGCUUGUUCCGCAUCAGUUUACCUUGGCUGAACCGCGGUGCCGGUCUCACUCCAGCCUCGAGCACAUCCUCGGUGAUCGAGCCGGUGGACGGAUUCCGCUCGGCGUUGCAUUAUCAGCCACCGCCGUCUAUGAAAGGUGCAAGUGGCACAUUGCCACAUCGGUACACAGACGCGAUCGCACUGAAUGCCUCAGCUGGUUCGGCCGCUUACUACAAAGCAUUGAAUUUACAAUCCAAACAACGUCGCCCCCGCGCCCAGGUACUCGUCGGCCCCGGGAAUAUCCAGACCGCUCCAAACACCGUGACUUGGCGUCCGAUCAAUGGGGGGACACAUCCGACUGAUCUGACCUGUCCGAACGGCAAUGUGGUCAAGAUUGGUCAACCAUGGGAGCAGGUCAGUUUGUCCUCACCGCAAGCACAACAACGAUUGGAUGCUUUGCGUAAACAAUGCGCCUCACUCCCAUGGCCUAAAGAUCAGCCACAAGCAAGCCAGAUGUGCCUGGUUUACGUGUCGUGCCAAUUGACGACUUGGAGAGGCAGUUGUGAAACUACCGAUGUACCACCGCAUUUGUGA